AUGGAGAAGCGCGGGGCGCUCGCUCGGGAGUGCUUUUUUGAGCUGCGCAUGGAGGAACUCAAUGCUGUUGUUCCCGCAGAACGCGAUGAAGAAAUGUUCCAAGAGAUGAAGAAGCAGCUCAGGCAGCAGCAGAAGAUGGACAGGGCAUUUGCAAGCGGUCGCGAGGCCCUGGAAAAAGAUCGCCGUGAGGUGAUGUGCUUCUUGAAGACGAAUCGUUUUCCUUACGACGUCAACUUCAUGCGUGAAGAAGGAGCACCUUUUUGGUUCACAAGAGCUACCGCUCCCUUGCAUGAAGCAGUCAAGCAGAACCAGCCGGGCAUUGCCGCAAAGUUGUUGAUGUUUGGUGCUGAUCCCAUGCAGCAAGACUCUCAGAAAGAUUGCCUUGGACUACGCGCAACCAGAGACGCAUGA